AUGCAACUUCCUCGUUGCAGCCGCAGCGGAGAUAUUAUUGAAUAUUUGUUAGUACCUCAAUGGUGGAUGAAUUGCAAGGAGGCUGGCCGUCGUAGUGUGGAGGCAGUACGUAAUAAAGAAUUACAAAUUAAGCCGGAGAAUCACGUCGCUACAUGGGAGUAUUGGCUAACAGAUGUACAAGACUGGUGUAUAUCACGUCAGCUGUGGUGGGGCCACAGAAUUCCUGCAUAUAAAGUUAUUGAGCCAAAGAUACCCGCAGAGAAGUGUAAUAUGUCAGGGGAGGCAUGGGUUGCAGCACACAGCGAAGAGGAAGCAAAGGCUGUUGCGUGCGAGAGGUUCCAAUUGCCUGAUAAGAAUGCAGUUGUUGUACAACAAGAUGAAGAUGUAUUAGAUACAUGGUUUUCUUCUGGUUUAUUCCCUUUUAGUGUCUUUGGAUGGCCUAAAGAAACAGAAGAAUUCAAAGCUUUCUUCCCUACUACUCUACUUGAAACAGGCCAAAAGAUGUCAAAGUCUAAAGGCAACGUAAUUGAUCCAUUGGAGGUCAUAAAUGGUAUAUCUCUUGAUGGUCUGAUUGCCAAGUUGCAUGCAGGAAACUUGCAGCCUAAGGAAAUCAAGAGAUCAGAAACUGUCUUAAGAAAGGAAUUUAAAGAUGGUAUUCCUGCAUGCGGAUGUGAUGCUCUUCGUCUUGGUCUUAUUGCAUAUAUGCGUCAAGGACGUAACAUUAAUCUUGAUUUAAAUCGUGUUGUUGGAUACCGCCAGUUUGCCAAUAAGAUAUGGAAUUGUACAAGAUUUGCCCUUGAUAAAUGGGCUCUUGAUGUUGAUGGCAAAAAGACACCUUUUAUACCUAAUGGUAUUCAGAUAAUAUCCGCAGGAAAAGAACAAAAAUAUAAUAAUUCAAAUAAUUACGUCAUAGACUUCACCGAUCUUAAGUGGGAAGAUCAGUGGAUUCUACACCGCCUCUCACUCGCUUGUGAACGG